CGGAGAGGUUAAAGGUCAAAGGUUCUAGCGGGAGCUGUUAUGGCGGCGCUGUGUCGUACCCGUGCUUUGACUUCCGAGAGUCAUUUCCUGCGUGUGUUCCUCUUCUCUCGGCCUUGUCGAGAAGCAGGCACUGUGACUGACUCCGGAAGCGAGAGUUCUGAAUUCACGGAGUGUAGAACGCGCCCACGCGGCUUCGCGAGCGCCCUGGAGCGGCAAUCGGCGCUUGGGCGGACAAGGAGCUCUCUGAAAAAUGUGGAAUCCUUUGCAUCUAUGCUGAGACAUUCUCCUCUCACUCAGAUGGGACCUGCCAAGGAUAAAGUAGUCAUUGGACGAAUCAUUCAUAUUAUGGAGAAGGAUCUUUAUAUAGAUUUUGGUGGCAAGUUUCAUUGUGUGUGCAAAAGACCAGAAGUGGAUGGCGACCACCAUCCUGUGAGGAAGGAAGCACAAGCCUGCAGAAGGGACGUGGAUCACGGCCAUCAGCCAGUGCUGACUUGCCGUCCUUGCGGGAAGUACCAGAUAGGAACCAGAGUCCGGCUGCGGCUGUUAGAUCUUGAACUGACAUCUAGGUUCCUGGGAGCAACAACAGACACAACGAUAUUAGAGGCUGAUGCAGUUCUCUUAGGGCUCCAGGAGAGUAAAGACUCUAAGUCAAAAGAGACAUCAUGAGAAAUGAAUCAGCUUAGCUUAAUGCAUUCACUCCUUCUUUAUACAACAAGGAUAAUCAUCAAGAAUGCAAUUAGAAAAUUGUAAGUAAAUGAUUGAAAGAAGACAUAAUGAAAGUUAUAAUUAUAGCUGUUAUUUGUUAGAAUUUUCUUUAGCUAUAUCUCCCUCUUUUUUAUACCUGUUUUUCUCUUUGCAAUAGUAUAAACUGUACUGAGAAAUUCUAUUAUUGAAUAAAUAUGUUUUGAAUACUCUCUGUGUGCACAGCACUGUUCUAAACACCGAAGAAACAGCAGUAAGCAAAUUAGACAAAAUUGCUUGCUUCAUGGAGCUUACCUUCAACUAGGGGAAAUAGACUAAGUAAGUGAAAUAUAUAGUAUAUCAGAUAGUGACAUGUGCUAAGGACAAAAAUGAAAGGAGAGCUGAGUAUCUAAACAGAUAUUUUUCAAAAGAGAACAUACAGAUGUCUAGGAGAUCCAUGGAAAGGUGCUAAAAUCCUGGAAAUGCAGCUCAGAACCACAACGAGAUAUCACCUCAUACUUGUUAGAGUCGCUGUUAUCCAAAAGACGAGAAAUAACAAGUGUUGAUGAGGAUAUGAAGAAAAGGAAACCCAGUGCACUGUUGGUGGGAAUGUCAGUUGGUACAGCCAUUAUGGAAAACUGUAUGAAGAUUCCUCGAAAAAUUAAAAAACAGAGCUAUCAGCAUUCUGCUUAUGGGUACUUAUCUGAAGAAAAUGAGAACACUAACUCAGAAAGGUGUAUAUGCUCCCAUAUUCAUUGUAGCUUUACAGUUGCCAAGAUAAGUAAAUAACCUGUGUGGAUAGAUGAAUAAUGGAUAAAGAUGUACUAAAUAUAUACAUUGGAACAUUACCCAGCCAUAAAAAAUAAGAGAAUCUUGCCAUUUAUGACAACAUGGAGGAGCCUUGCAGCUUGCAGGCAUCCCUCUAGGUGAAAUAAACAGAAAGAUGUGUACCAUGUGAUCUCACAUAUAUGUGGAAUCUAACCCCCCCCAAAAAAGCUAAUGAAUAUAGAGAAUAGAUUGGUAAGGGGAGUAAGGAGGAUGAAAUGGUUGAAGGGGGUUAAAAAGUAUAAAUUUCCAACUAUAAAAUAAAUCAUGGGAUGUAAUGUACAGCAUGGUGACUAAGUUAAAGUACUGUAUUCUGUAUUUGCAAGUUGCUCAGAGAGUAGAUUUUUAAAGUUAUUGUAGGAAAAAUUUGUGACUGUGUACAGUAACUGAUAUUAAUGACUUAUUGUGAUAAUUUUACAAUACAUAAAAAUAUAAAAUCAUGUUGUUUAUCUGAAACUAAUAUAAUGUUAUAUGUUGAUUAUAUAUAAAAAGGGAGGGACUGAGGUUAUAAGGUAUCAAAAUGACUGAUUGAAAUUUAGAUGUGCCAGUGGAAGGCCUCAUAGAAGAAUUCACUUUUUAUGUAAAGGAUUUUGUUUAUUUUUCCACUGCUAUAGUAUUUAGAAAAAGCUCUUCUGAAAGCUUUUUAUUGUUAUUGAGGUAUAACUUGAUAUGUAACAUAACUAAUUUUAAGUCUAAAACAUAAUGACUCAGUAAUUAUACAUAGUGUAAAUGAUCACAGUAAGCCUAGUUAACAUUCGUCACCAUACAUAGUUACCAGGAACUCACUUUUAAUAAUAUCUGAAAGAAGCGAGAGGGCUAGCCACAUGAACCUCUGGGAAAGAGUGUUCUAACAUAGGGAACAGCUAGUAUAAAGGUCCCGAGACAGGAGUGUGCCUCUGCAGUUUAGGGAACAAGGAGGAGGCUUGUGUAACUGAGUAGAAGAGGAAUAGUGCAUGAAUCUGGAAAAGCAGGGAGGAUUUGAG